GCUUUUGAAAUGUCUUUUAGGAGUAUAAUGCAUCAACUGAGGACUAUUGGGAGCCCUUCAUUGUGGAGUCUUAUUCAAACCAUGCAAAAAGUCAUACUGUCUUGAGGCAGCUGGUGAACCUUGAUGCCAAAGCCAAAACUGGCAAAGACCUAGGAAGGAGUUGAUGUGAGGGUGUUUGAGGGCUAUGUCAGCCUAAGAUUGAUGCUAGGUUUUCAGUUUUUUGGUUUUCAGCUGUGGAAACCUGGCAGAUUAGUUAGAAUCCAACAUCAGUCCUUCAGUUCAGACGGUCUUCUUCGUGACUAUGUCCAUUACAGAUCUGUGGAGCUGGGAAUGGAAGCCAGGCAGCCAUGAGAUGCUUCGGUGAGACACAUCCAAUUUAAGAAGCAUCAUAUACUGGGGAGCUGGAUCUAGUUUGCUCAUCAAGAAGUAUAGUUCAUGACAUUUAUAAUAACUAGAGAUCAAAGUUCGGGAUUAGAAUAUAAAAAGGAUCUUUGCAUACAUUGUUGAAUAGAGAAGCACUGGGGAGGAAGGACACCAGAUUAGAGAUAAGGAAGGAAUGUGCAACCUAUGGUAUCAUGGCAACCUGCUCUAGGAGAUUCCACUAAGAUCAAUCAUGAUGCAGCAAUAUGACAAGCGCAAGGCAUAUAGCCAGGUUUGGAGUUGUCCUUAGGAACCGUGACAGGAAAGUUAUAGGAGCUGUGCAAAGAACUUGUAGGUUUCAAGGAUCAAUUCUUGAAGCUGAGGUUAUGGCUAUUUGAUUUUGCGUUGGGGAUGGGCCGAGAAUUUGGACACAGCAAUGUCAUCAUUGAAUCAAAUUGUGUUCAAGCCAUACAAGUAGCUAUGUCAAACAAUGAUUGUUAUCUUCCCUUUGGAGCAACUGUGGAGGAACUUCGAGCUAAGAAAUUCCAUUCUGUUUCUCUAUGUUUCCAGCAUCUAAAGCGUAAUGUAACUUGCUAGCACAAAAGUUGGCUCAGCUACAAUCCCCUCUCCACCUUGGGAGGGUGUUUGCAAAUAAGGAAUGUAAAAUCAAGAUAUCUGAUACAAUCAUAUGAAAAAAAGGAGUAAUUUUCA